CUUGUGUGUGUGUAUAUAUAUUAACAAAAUCAUCUCUGCAUAUCACCCUAGGCCGAAACUUCAUUGCUACACGCAAAUUUAAACCCUUCACUGCAAAGUCAGUUUCGUUUCCCCAUUUUUCGAUUCUGUUUACGUCGGAGCUCUGCCGUCCUCCGCCACAAAGGUCAUGGGGACGUCCUUAAUUCUUUCAGAUCUCGGCACUGAAAUCAUAAUUCCAGUUUGCGCUCUCGUCGGAAUCGUUUUCUCUCUCUUCCAGUGGUUUCUCGUCUCCAAAGUUAAGCUGUCGCUGGAUGGACCAGGCGGCAAGAAUGCGUUCACGGAAUCGUUGAUUGAGGAAGAAGAAGGAAUCAAUGACCACAACGUCGUUCAGAAAUGUGCUGAAAUUCAGAACGCUAUCUCUGAAGGAGCAACCUCUUUCCUAUUGACUGAAUACAAAUAUUCAACCAUGUACAUACAACAUCACCAAGCAAUGCAAGCCUGCUCUUUUCACAGCCAUCUUCAGCACUGUAUCCUUUAUCCUAGGGGCUGUAACCUCUGUUAUCUCUGGUUUUCUUGGAAUGAAAAAUUGCCACAUAUGCAAAUGCCAGAACUACCCUUGAGGCAAGAAAAGGUGUUGGAAAGGCUUUCAUUGUUGCAUUCCGUUCUGGAGCUGUCAUGGGAUUCCUCCUAG